UCCGCCCCGCCCACUUCCGGGCCGCCACUUUCACUUUCUCUUCCUCCGAAGCCGCUCCCCUCCAGCUUCCGAAGACUGGGGCGUCCCGGGAGGGGAGUUAAGUUACAACCCCGGACGCGGGGGCGCCCCCGCAAGUGGGGGCCCUCCGGACAGGUGGCGCGCCCCCGCCGUGCGGCGUCGGGCAGUCCUUCCCCCGCUCCCCCGCGUCUGUCCCGUUUCCUCUUUCGCCCCUUGCUGACUCAGCUCGGUGCCCCUGCCUUUUCACGGUCCCACGCGGGGUCCGGUUCCCUAGGCCAGGCCGCGUCCCCGGUCCCCGGGCGGUGUAAGGCUGCCGCCGGCCGCCGGGGACGGACACCGAGACACAGGGCUUGGGCCGCGCCAGAGGCCACCGGGCCGGGGCUGAGUUGUUCCUGGUCGCCUGCCUCUCCCAGGUGACCCGCAGGUAGCAUUUCCCUGGAGCCGCAGCCCCCCGGGGGGAUGGGCACAGCCACGCCAGAUGGACGAGAAGACCAAGAAAGGCUGUGGGUGAGUGUGGAGGACGCUCACCUGCACACGGUCACCAUCUGGCUCACCGUGCGCCCUGACAUGACAGUGGCUUCCCUCAAGGACAUGGUAUUCCUGGACUACGGCUUCCCCCCAGCCCUGCAGCAGUGGGUGAUUGGGCAGCGGUUGGCACGAGACCAGGAGACCCUGCACUCCCACGGGGUGCGGCGCAAUGGGGACAGCGCCUACCUCUAUCUGCUGUCAGCCCGCAACACCUCGCUCAACCCUCAGGAGCUGCAGCGGGAGCGGCAGUUGCGGAUGCUGGAAGAUCUGGGCUUCAAGGACCUCACGCUGCAGCCACGGGGCCCCCUGGAGCCAACCCCUCCAAAGCCCGGGGCCCCCCAGGAGCCCAGACAGGUUCAGCCAGAUACGGUCCCUGAGCCCCCACUGGUGGGCUGGCAGUGCCCCGGGUGCACCUUCAUCAACAAGCCCACGAGGCCCGGAUGUGAGAUGUGCUGCCGGGCGCGGCCCGAGACCUACCAGGUCCCCGCUUCAUACCAGCCCGACGAGGAGGAGCGAGCGCGCCUGGCGGGCGAGGAGGAGGCGCUACGCCAGUACCAGCAGCGGAAGCAGCAGCAGCAGGAGGGGAACUACCUGCAGCACGUCCAGCUGGACCAGAAGAGCCUGGUGCUGAACGCCGAGCCCGCCGAGUGCCCCGUGUGCUACUCGGUGCUGGGGCCCGGCGAGGCCGUGGUGCUGCGUGAGUGUCUGCACACCUUCUGCAGGGAGUGCCUGCAGGGCACCAUCCGCAACAGCCAGGAGGCGGAGGUCUCCUGCCCCUUCAUUGACAACACCUACUCGUGCUCGGGCAAGCUGCUGGAGAGGGAGAUCCGGGCGCUCCUGACCCCUGAGGAUUACCAGCGAUUUCUAGACCUGAGCAUCGCCAUCGCGGAGAACCGCAGUGCCUUCAGCUACCACUGCAAGACCCCAGACUGCAAGGGAUGGUGCUUCUUUGAGGAUGAUGUCAAUGAGUUCACCUGCCCCGUGUGUUUCCACGUCAACUGCCUGCUGUGCAAGGCCAUCCAUGAGCGUAUGAACUGCAAGGAGUAUCAGGAUGACCUGGCCCUGCGAGCACAGAACGAUGUCGCUGCCCGGCAGACGACGGAGAUGCUAAAGCUGAUGCUGCAGCAGGGCGAGGCCAUGCACUGCCCGCAGUGCCAGAUCGUGGUGCAGAAGAAGGAUGGCUGUGACUGGAUCCGCUGCACCGUCUGCCACACCGAGAUCUGCUGGGUCACCAAGGGCCCACGCUGGGGCCCUGGGGGCCCAGGAGACACCAGUGGGGGCUGCCGCUGCCGAGUGAAUGGGGUUCCUUGCCACCCAAGCUGUCAGAACUGCCACUGAGCUAAAGAUGGCCAGGUCCCCACGCUGGCCCAGCCCCACAUCUGCAGGCUGUUGCGGGGGCAGGGCUUGGCUUGGGGCUUUGGCUUCAAUUUCUGGCCUGGGAGAUGCCUUUGUGCUCAGUCAAGGCAGGGGCCCUGCAGAGGCCAGGGCCACCGAGCUGCAUGGACAGCCUCACUUGCCGAAGGAGUUGCAGGGGCCCCGAGUGCACCACUGUUGUCCACAGUCACAUCUGUCCCAGUGCCUUUGUCCUUUCCCUGGGGCUCUCUGCAGCUCAGGCCAGAGGGCAAAGUGCUGAUCCAGCAAUAUUUAUUGGUACCCACUUGCUGGGCCGGUAUUAAUAAAACACAGACCAAGGAUGUCCACCCCGUGACCCCCCUUUGACCUGUUGAGCUCUGGCGUUUGAUGCACACCGAGUUGCCUGCACCGUUACGUGAUCGUCGCUACAGCGGGCACCUCUGCCUGACCCCAGCCUUAAAACACAGCCCCUGGCCAGAGAUGCCGUGUGACUCCAAACUCCUCCCAACUGCCACCCUGGUCUGCUGCAUACCAAGCACUCACAGCCACCUCCUUCUGCUGUUGGCUUUCUGGGGAGUGACUUUUCUCUGCUUUUCUGGUUGGAGGCCUGGCGCUUCUUAGAAUUCCUGCUAAUCUGUUCGAGCCACAAGGGGAGAGCAGGCAGUUUCGAAAGCACAGCCCAUCAUGUCUGGCUCUGCAUCGCCCUCUCUGCUGCCCCUGUAAGCUCAUUAAAAUAGUCUUCCAGGAAAGGA